AUGAACACGAUAACCAGGCGACAGCGAAUACCGAUUGUUGCCGCGAUCAAUUUGCUUGGAUUGUUACUGAUGAUAGUUGUUGCAGGUCUACAUUUUCGCCGAAGAAGCAGCAGCAGCGUAAAUCUCUCUGUUCCUAAUCGGAAGCUUCUCCAUAGUUUGGCAGUUGAACCCAGUAGAAUGUGGGGAGAUAAAUGCUCAAAAUCUGAUAUAGUCAUUAACCAGGGACAGACAGGGCCACUCUCUAGUGGAAUCCCAACUUACACCGUUGAAAUAAUGAACGUUUGUGUCACUGGCUGCGACAUUUCAGGUAUCCGUCUUAAGUGUGGCUGGUUUAGCUCUGCCCGUCUCAUAAAUCCCAGAAUUUUUAAGCGCAUUCGGUAUAAUGAUUGUCUCGUGAAUGAUGGGAAACCUUUAGUUUAUGGCCGAACUGUUUCGUUUCAGUAUGCUAAUACCUUUCUUUACCCUCUAUCCGUUUUGUCCGUUAUUUGCUAG